AUAUUUUAACAAGAUUUCAGAUGAAAUAAUUGGAUCUUUUUGCAUGCAGUUUUCUAUUUUGCCUACGAGGUCUCAGUUAAUAUGAGUAUAUACUCUAGGAAAUGACGUCCUGAAAUACCAAUGUGCGCAUGCGGACAGGAAAAAGCCUGAGCCCCGGAAGCCAAACGGGAUGAAGAAGCAAAUAGGGCAGUGACGCUGCCCACAGCGGCUUGUGUUUUUAAAGCAGCAGGCAGAGCUCAAAGAUGGUGCAGCUGCACGUGAAGCGUGGCGACGAGAGCCAGUUCCUGCUCAACACCAGCGUCGACGUUCCUUUGGAGGAUCUGAUCCAGCAGGUCGCGGCCGUCUACAAUGGCCGGCUCAAAGUGGAGCGGAUCUGUGGAGAGAUGACGGAGCUGGCAGAUCACGGCGUGGCGCUCCCACCGAACAUGCAGGGUCUGGCCGAGGAGCAGAUCCUGGAGCUGAAGCUGAGAGACGACUGGCAGGAUCAGUGUGUCCCCAGCGGAGGGGCGGAGCCUCACAAGGACGAGGUCGGCAGGAGGAACGGACACGCUCCCAACGCUCAGAUGAAACAGGUGAUCAGGAGGACGGUGGAGGAGGCCAAGGCGCUGGUCUCAAAAAGACAAGUCGAAGCUGGUGUCAGCGUCACUAUGGAGACGGUGAGGGAAGCUCUGGACCUGCUCCGAGGCGCCACCAUGAUCGUGUACCCCAUGGGACUCCCGCCUCAUGACCCCAUCCGGAUGGAGUUGGAGGACCGCCAGGACUUGUCAGGAACUCAGGCCUCUCUGCAGGUGAUCACCCAGGACCAGUGCCAGCUGUGGUGGGCCGCCAGAGAGCUGCAGGGAGGGAGGAAGCUGCACCACUACGUGGGGAAGAACGAGAAGACCAAGCUGGUCGUCAAGAUCCAAAAGAAAGGGCAGGGGGCGCCGGCCAGGGAGCCACUGGUCACAGAGGAGCAGCAGAAGCAGAUGAUGCUUCAGUACCACAGACGGCAGGAGGAACUCAAGAAGCUGGAGGCGGCGGACGACGACCACAGUUACCUGGACUCGCAGUGGUCGGAUCGACAGGCGCUGAAGAGGCAGUUCCAGGGCCUCACCGACAUCAAGUGGGGACCCCGGUGAAGAGGGUGGCACACACUCGCCCCUCCCAGUGACGUGCAGGAGAGCUGCGGCGCCAACGCCUACCACGCCAUGUUGAACCCUGUGGCUCAGGAACGGCUGAGCGAGUGCCGCUGCUCUGACUCGUGUCGCCGCUCUGACUCGUGUCGCCGGAAAACCUUCCGAAUAAAACGCAGCCCAACAUGUCUGUGAGCAGCCUGUCGCGGAUUCCACCACCAGGUUCGUCUGGACGGAGGAGUGGGUGCUUCCUGUGGAGGCGGAGCCAGGAAGGGAGGGUGGUGCGAGGAGGACACACUCGCUGCCCGGACUGUCUCAGUCUCAGACACUGGUGACCCAGGGGGUGGGGGGCUCCUGGGUCUCUGGCUCUCUCUCUCACACACACACACGCAAUGUGGGGGACAUUGUGAGGCUUCUCCUGGCCGUCACCCUUUCCCCAGCCUCUCCCCCCCUGAACCUGAGCCUUCAAAACACAUGGGUGAACAGGACUCUGAGUCAGUCACUCAGUUGUUUUGAAGUCUUCAUCCUUAAGUUGAGGUUUGGACCUGUGGGGACCGGCAAAAGGUCCCCAGGAGGAUAGUGUGUGGUCAGAAACUGGUCCCCCCGAGGCAGUGUAAACAAGCCCCCGCACGCAUGUCACAGGUCCCCCAGUAAAAGAUGGAGACGGUGAAACAGCAGCUGGAGCUGUGGC